GUAUUCCCGUCCUAUCAAUGUGCUGUGAUGCUAGCCGCGUCAGGCUGCCAGUUUCCCAGCCUCUUCCAGUGCCACCAGCGCAUCUCACAGAGGGAUCUUGAGGAAGAAGAAGAAGAAGAAGAAGAGACCAGUGAGACUGGUCCAGGGGGGCCAGAUCUUAAAAGGCCAUUUAAAGCCUCGAGGGAGGUGUGAUAAACCCAGCUGCGUUUAGAGAGGAUGCUGCGGCCAAUCCAGGGGGAUUUGUAAGGGAGAGGCGCUCCACCCUUUCCUGAAUGGCAACUCUUAUCUGCCAGACAUGGUUGUGCAUGCCCUGCCUUGCUGCAAUCAAUAUUAGGAGGAAGCUUGUGUGCGCUGACAUUGGGAUAUUCCUGCCAGGGAUCACCAUGCCAUUGCAGGGCUGACAUCCCUGGAUGCUGCUGCUGGCUGGAGAUUGGAGCUAUGCAGGAGGACGCACCAACUCUCCUGCAGCCUGAAGGUUACCUGCAACAGCAACCUCUGCUCCUGUAGGGGGGGAACAGGCUAGCUCAUCAGGAGUUACAGUGGCUCUGCUGACCACUUCCAGCACCGUGCUGUGGCUGGCAAUCCCCACCACUCACCACCACCCCAGUCUCGCCUUGGACGUUGCCUGGUGGAUGUGUAUGCAUGACUUCAGCACCGAAUGGGCGCAAGAAUCGCCCCAGGUCGCAAGGAUCUCUCUUCCAAAUCGGCAACAAAGCGCUGCCCAGAGACCUUGAGCGCAGGGAGAGCUCGGAGAGCCCCCUCAAAUCCCAGAGAACCCUGGACCACUGCAAAAUGCUUGUCCAGGAUUUCAACACCCAGGUGGCACUGUAUCGUGAAUUAGUCAUUUCCAUUGGGGAUGUGUCAGUAAGCUGUCCCUCCCUGCGGGCUGAAAUGCAGAAAACUCGAACCAAAGGCUGUGAGAUGGCUCUCCAGGCGCACCAAAAACUCUCCUCCAUCUCGGGAGCAGAAGAUGGUGAGAUCCACCCUGAAAUCUGCCGACUUUACAUCCAGCUGCAAUGUUGCCUGGAAAUGUACACGACCGAAAUGCUGAAAUCCAUGUGUCUUCUAGGCUCCCUUCAGAACCAGCGGAAAGGAAGAGAGCAUUGUGUAGGUCCAAAGAUCAUAGACUACAAAUUGGAUGAAUGUUCAGAGGUUCCAAUCCUAGAAGAUACAUCAUCGUCACCACUUGAUUCCCAGCAUUGUUGGCAGGUUUCCACAGACAUUGAGAACACAGAAAGAGACAUGAGGGAAAUGAAGAACCUCUUAAGCAAACUCAGGGAGACCAUGCCUUUGCCAUUAAAAAACCAAGAUGACAGUAGCCUCCUCAAUUUAUCACCUUAUCCCCUCGUCAGAAGAAGAAAGAGAAGGUUCUUUGGAUUGUGUUGCCUCAUCACCAGUUAAAAGCAAAAAAAAAAAAAGCCAUUAUUUCUGCAAAUUUGUUAUAACUUGACCUUUGCUGUCAUAUAUCAUAUUGAGGUUGGUUAAUUCAUUAUGUAUUCAGUGUUGCCUAAACUGCCUUGUUUCAAAUCUUCUUCAGUCUGGAGAUUAAUGCUGUCACUGAACUUUGAACUUGUCAGGAAACAGCGUAUGUGGCAAAAACACCAAUGAUUGGUUGGAAAGGUUCUAACAAACUUUAUGAACACGUGUAAAGUUCACGGGCAUAAAAUAAAUAUGCAAAAUGCUUUGAUGUCCAAGUAUUGUGCAAUAGGAAUGUCAUUGCAUCAGCAUCACAAUGGAGUUUUGAUAUGGAGAUGGUGACAGCAAAUAUUACGCGAAUAUCAAUGUAUCAAUGGCCAAUAACUGUAUUUUAAUUUGUAUUCUUUUCUCUUGUCUGAAUUACACUUAGUCUUCCACAGUUCAUCAGGAUUUUGUCCAAGAUUUCAGCCAAGUUAUCUGUUGACUAGAGGAUGAAAAAUGAAGUAAUUAUGUACUUAUAGCUUGUAAAUAUAUUGUCAUCUCAAUGAUGAUCAUCAGUAUUUUCCUUUAAACCAGAAAGUGUGGUUUUCACAAUCUUGAAUCUAUUAUGUCAACUUCCCCAGCUAUAUCCUCAUGACCUAGUAAGACAAUGUAUCAUACUGUAUACUGUUACUGUAGGAAGUUUAAGCAUGGUGUCUGCACAUUGCCAUAGUGGUAAAUCUGAUAGGGCAUGCCAGCGUUAGCUCAAAUUUAAAUAUUCCCUACAUUUUACAUUGUUAAUAAAACUUUUUUAGUUAAA